CGCCGCAUUAAGUCGAACAAGCUUAUUGACCACAGUACCAGGUUCAGCUAUCUGCUAAUAACAAGCUUUGGUGUCACUUAACGUUUAUUUUAAAUGUACGACCCCUGACUUUUAAUAGCACAAUUGUUCCGAAUGGAUAAAUUCCGUAUUUUAUGGGAACAGUUUUAUUGAAUGCUGUAUUGGCAGUAAGAAGGUUAGUUUUGCGUUAACUGGCUAAGCUAGCAGAUCAUGUUUAUGUUAUACUUCAUAUUAUCGGCACUUGUGUGCUUUUUGGUGUUAAAAUGGAUGAAACGAAGGAUGUACUGCAUGGAUGUGACGCGACUAGAUGGAAGAACGGUUCUUAUCACUGGUGGGAACUCUGGUAUAGGGAAGGAAACAGCUGUAGCACUGGCUUUGCGAGGUGCCCGGGUCAUCAUCGCCUGCAGAGAUGAAGAAAAAGCGAGGAAGGCUGUUCAAGAGAUCAAAUCCAGGAGCCACAACUUAAAUGUUCGUUAUAUGGAAGUGGACCUGGCCAAUAUGAAAUCCAUACGAUACUUCAGUAAAAGCUUCUUACAGCAGGAGAAGCGCCUUGAUAUUCUGAUCAAUAAUGCAGGCAUACCUAGCGUCCUGGACUGGACUGAUGACAAUUUCUCCAUGUGUUUUGGUGUGAAUCACCUGGGCCAUUUCUUACUAACCAACCUCCUCCUCCCGCUGCUGAAAGAGAGCUCCCCCAGCAGGGUGAUAACGCUCACCUGCUCAAACUACAAGUACCAGAAGCUGGACUUCCAGGAUCUUAACUACAACCUGUUCCCGUUUUUUACCUACUGUCGCAGCAAGCUGGCCAAUAUUUACUUCACACAGGAGCUGGCUCGCAUGAUGGAGGGGAAAGGAGUGACGGCAUAUUCUGUCCACCCUGGUUACGUUCAGAGUAAUUGGACCUGCCAUUUCUCAGUUCUGUUCCGGAUCCUGAUGCAGGUGGUGAUGUUCAUGUUUUUUGUUUCCUGUGAGGCCGGCGCACAGACGGUCGUGUAUUGCACAGUAUCGGAUGAGGUUCUUCCACACAAUGGGGGAUACUUCACAGACUGUCGGCCGGCCACUCUGAGAGGAUUUGCUAGAGAUGCUGGAGUUGCAAAAAAACUUUGGGAGGCCAGUGAGAGAUUAGUUAAACUGGCCUGACGUUUUUUUUACUGAAUGUUUGAUUGUGACAUUGAUACCUCUUAUGUUAUGGACCAUGAAGAAUGUGAUAUUUAUGUUAUUUUUCAUAUUGCUUUUUACAGUGUCAUUUAUUGGAAACCAGUUUACUUGACUGUAUUAAACAUGCAAUGUUGCAUUGGUUACAA